AUGAAGCACUAUAAUAAUCCAAUAGAACGAGCUCAUAUCGUCGAGUGUAAAACACAGUCAUGUCAAAACAGAGGACCUUGUAAAGAUCUGAUUAAUGAUUAUGAAUGUAAUUGCAUAAACGGGUUUGAUGGAACAAAUUGCUCAAAUUAUAUUGAUGACUGCUCACCGGAUCCCUGUCAAAACAACGGAACCUGUACAGACCUGGUCAACGACUACCACUGCGAUUGUGUUCCUGGAUUUAAUGGGACAAACUGUGAAAACGAUAUCGAUGACUGCCAAGCAGGACCUUGUCAAAACAAUGGAACCUGUACAGACCUGGUCAACGACUACCAAUGUGUUUGUAUUGCAGGAUUCAAUGGAACAAAUUGUGAAAACAAUAUUGACGAGUGUUCCCAAGGUCCCUGUCAAAACAACGGAUCUUGUACAGACCUGGUCAACGACUACUAUUGCGAUUGUGUUCCUGGAUUCAACGGAACAAAUUGUGAAAACAUGAUCAAUGAGUGCUUGCCAGGUAUUUGUCUAAACAACGGGACUUGUACAGACCUUGUGAAUGACUACCAGUGCGACUGCGUUUCUGGAUUUAAUGGAACAAAUUGUGAAAAUAAUAUCGUCGAGUGUAAAACACAGUCAUGUCAAAACAGAGGACCUUGUAAAGAUCUGAUUAAUGAUUAUGAAUGUAAUUGCAUAAACGGGUUUGAUGGAACAAAUUGCUCAAAUUAUAUUGAUGACUGCUCACCGGAUCCCUGUCAAAACAAUGGAACCUGUACAGACCUGGUCAACGACUACCACUGCAAUUGUGUUCCUGGAUUUAAUGGGACAAACUGUGAAAACGAUAUCGAUGACUGCCAAGCAGAACUUUGUCAAAACAAUGGAACCUGUACGGACCUGGUCAACGACUACCAAUGUGUUUGUAUUGCAGGAUUCAAUGGAACAAAUUGUGAAAACAUGAUCAAUGAGUGCUUGCCAGGUAUUUGUCUAAACAACGGGACUUGUACAGACCUUGUGAAUGACUACCAGUGCGACUGCGUUUCUGGAUUUAAUGGAACAAAUUGUGAAAAUAAUAUCGUCGAGUGUAAAACACAGUCAUGUCAAAACAGAGGACCUUGUAAAGAUCUGAUUAAUGAUUAUGAAUGUAAUUGCAUAAACGGGUUUGAUGGAACAAAUUGCUCAAAUUGUCAAGAAUGA